AAAGCCUUCUUCGAUCGCGACUUUUAUGAUUCCUUUGUUAACAAUUUGCAAUGAGUAUGCGAGUAUGCCUUGUUUUGUUAACAACACGAAUUGAAAAUAAUAUAUUUAUUUGAUAUUCAGAAAAUAAUAAUUUAAGAGAACAAUUAUAUAUUUUUUUUAUUUAUUCUCUAAAAAAAGGAAAAUUAUUUUACUGUUCCUUUCCGCGUAUCACCUUUUACUUCAUUGCAAUAGCUGUUGCUGUUAGUACAAAAGACAUCAAUCUUUCGUUUGUGUGUGAUGUUUACAAUUUUAUUUUGGGAAGUAAAUCGAGCAAAAAAUUAGGAAUUUUGUGAAAAAUGGACUUCAAAUGUGCGCGUGGUAAUAUGAGGGGUCUGAAAAAGUGUCCGUCUUGCAACAAGUAUAAUGGGCUUCGAGCGAAAGGAUGUCGAAACCGCGAAUGUGCGCUGAAUUUGAAAAACAAACCUCAAAAUGCAUUCUUUUUGGAUGCAGUUGCUCUUUUGGGGCCCGAGGAUUCUCGGUUGUACAGUGUCAAGACCAAGGAAAGGUGCCCAGAGAGUGUAGAUACUCGGAGUUUUGUAAAGAUUACGGAUAAAGUAGUGGAAUCUGACGAGACUGCCUCCAUUAUCCAUCGGAAUGCAAUUUGUUUUGUAGACACUUGCAAGUAUGACUCCAAGGAUGACGAUGUCACCUGUAAGCACGUAAAGGAAGCUAGUGAAACGGCAGUGGAGGCGAUUAGCCUAACAAUUAAGAGAGAGACACUGUACUCCAUCACUGUGAUUCCUGAUGCUGAGAAGCACACAAUGUGGCAGGAAGUUUCAAAGUCUACAGCCUGUCCGGUGGUCCAGAGGAUUAAUAAGAAGAUUUUUGUGGUCAGAUCAGAAGGAACAGCCACUGGGUAUGUUCACUGUGAACUGUCCAGAGAUGACGGGGGCUCGCCAUUCUACUCCUGCAGCUGCAAAGUCAUCAAUAUCCUCUUUGAUCUCAACAAUACAAUCGUGAUGGAGAAGGAAGUGUGCAGGCACAUGAUGCUUCUGUCAGCUGCUUUGAACAGCGACUCUCGCCUACAGAAUCUCCAUAAGUCGCAUCUGGAUCUCAUGAAGCACAUCUACUCCACAGCUUACCAAGUUCCCAGUACUUCCCAAGGUACAGACAUUGCAGAUCUUGGCACAGAGAUUGAAUUCAUCUCGGAGCCUUCGAGAGAUGAAUACUGUAUUAGUGAGAAUGGAGGAAAUUGGCAGAAUUCUCUGGACAGUUUUGUGAUUAACAACAUGGAACUCCAAGAUUGUCAGAUUGAACUCAUGGAUGACUUCCAAUUAACUGAUCAAUUGGAUCUCUGUGCUGAUGAUCUCAUAGAUCCUCUCAAUCCCCCCACAUCAACCAGCCUUCUGGACACAAUUGUUCCACCCAAUGAUCAAAUCCAUUUCCAAACCAUCGAGCUCAAAAUGAAACAUCCGGAACCGAAUCAAUCCUACUCAAGAGUAUCCCAGGCAAAACGUAAAAUGCAGAAAAUUUUCCAGAGAGCCAAACUCAAUUAUGAUGUUCAAGAGAUGGAUCACCAUGUGGCAUUUGGACAAUGGCUAGCGUCCGUCGUGGAGAAGAUUAAUGUCUCGCCAGAAUUUAGUGAUGUGUCGAAGCCAGUAGAAUUAACUUUCAGCAUUCACAGUAAAUUCUUCAACUGCCUCCACAUGAGAUUUUCCAGAGAUGCUUCAAAGAGAAAGCUUCCCAACAAGUGUCAAGUGGUUGAAGCUGGACCCUAUGCUGGUUUUAUAGUCAAUAUCUUUCACUUUUCCAGCAAAGCAGAAAUCAUGAGGAUUUUCGAAAAUGAGACGGUAAGUCUCGAGAUCGAACGGUUCUUCAAGUUGAAGUCCGGUAAAUACGUGCCCAUGAAUCAGCAGGAUCUGUGCGAGCAUCGUGCAUUGACUGCCAGUGGAAAUGGAAAGUGGUGCCCUGUGAAGCCGACAGAGUACAAGACAUUCAUCAAGGUGGGCCAUCAUGAGGGCUCCAGUCACUAUCUCACCAUCAAGUGGAUCGCCGAUACUCUACCAACGAGUGGUUAUGGUGAGAUGAUGAUUGAAUUUGAGGUGGGUCGCAUGAAGAAUGGACAACCCUUCCAUUGAGAUCCCUAUGAUACUUCCAUCGAUGCCACACAUUUGUCCACAAUGGUAUCCAGAAUGAGCUGAUUCCACUGAGUCCCAUACUCUGAUAGAUCCGCUUCACGGUACAUCAAGAGCUUUUUCUUGCCACAAAUGUCCGAACUGAGGUAGUAAUAAACAGAAAUUUCUAACAAUUGA